UUUGUUUUUACUUUUUUUUCUUGUAGUGUUGGUCAGGAAUAGGAGGAGUUACAUUGCAGUACGUACAUGAGUAGCUACGGCAAAGAUACCUUUUGAGUAUGCUUUUCUUUUCUUUUUUUGGAGUUUGGGGGCGGUGGAGGGCUGGCUGCAUUGGGAGUCAAGCAGAUGCGGAGUUGCAAAUGAAGGGAGAAAAAAUAAAUACGAAUACCAAUACAGCAGGCGUUUGUCCUCCACUCUCCUUAUUCCUUCCCAACUGCAGUUUACUCUCGGUACCACUGCCGAGCUACAUUGGCAAACGAUCGCUGCGCCAGCUCCGGCUAUGGAAUGUACAUCCAGUUGUGGCAGCGCCCAUGUCUCUCGUCUCCGGUUGGGAUGGACCGUUUUCCUGACAGCUCACUAGCUCCCGCAUGCAUGCGCAUGCCUGAGGAAGCAGUGUUGACCUACAAUCACCGCUGUAUGCACCACUUACCAUGUACAC